AAUACGCUUGGAAAAGAGCUACUUAUUUUUUCGUCUAUUUCUUUUUAUACGAGUUAUCGUCGGUCAGUUGUUGUAAACGGGCGGAAUAAAUCAGACCAACACGCGAACUAGUCGAAGAAUUCGUUUGAGUCUAACUAAAGAACCUGGCGCAUUGUUUCUUUUGCAUUUCUUCGAGUCUAUAAAGCAUUGUCUUGAUCGGUCAUCGAGUGCAGUAACCCGCGAGCUUUGGAUUAGAAGGUUCGUUGUUACUUUAUUAUCGUGAUAUACACAUAGUAUAUCGAUAUAGACUUCAAUCGAACUAUGAACGCGAUCAAGAAACGUUUGCAAACGUUGAAGGUCGAAAAAGAUUUGGCGAUAGAUAAAGCUGACGUGUGCGAUCGACAGGCAAAGGAAGCUAAUCGUAGGGAAGAAAAAUUAAAGGAUGGUGUACAAGAACUUGCAAAGAAAUUCAUUCAAAUGGAACAUGAUUUACAAGUGAGCAAAAAACAAUUAAAAAAAUCGAUUAAGAGUCUCGAACUGAAGGAAAGUAUUUAUAUCAUGACGCAAUCCGAAUUGGCGAUAUUGAAUAGAAAGAUGCAACAGUGUUCGCAAAAUUUAGAAAAAUCUGAAGAACGACGAUUAGUUGUACAAAAUAAGUUAACGGAAGCAGUGGAAACUGCGGAAGAUGCAAAACGAAUUUGUAAAGUUCUGGAGAAUAGAAGCAAAUUGGAUGAGGAAAGGAUGGAUCAAUUAACAGCACAAUUAAAAGAAGCUAGACUUAUUGCCGAAGAUGCCGAUACUAAAUCCGACGAGAUUUCACGAAAAUUGGCUUUUGUGGAGGAUGAACUCGAAGCCGCAGAAGACAGAGUUAAAUCGAGCGAAGGCAAAAUCGCCGAACGCGAGGACGAAUUGUUUAUCGUCGGUAAUAUAUUGAAGUCCUUGGAAGUAUCAGAAGAAAAGGCCAAUCGAAGAGUGGAGGCAUUCAAAGCGCAAUUGAAGGAAUUGAAAGUUAAAUUAAAAUCGGCUGAGAAGCGGGCAAUAAUAGCCGAGCAAGCCGUCAAGGUGCUUGUUAAGGAAUUAGAUUCGAGAGAAGAUUAUUUGUUUAAAGAAAAGGAGAAGUACAGGUAUAUGUGCAACGAUAUGGAUUCCACUUUUGCCGAACUUACAGGAUUUUAAACGAGUCGAUAUUUUAUUCGAUUGGA